GCAAUGGUGCUACAGUAGCUGGGCGAACAAAGUCACCCUAUAUCACGCUAUGUCGCGCUCGUCCCCCGGUGAAUAGCGAUAUCACAGAAGUUUCCGGCAGAUGUCGCAAAUAUUUUUAAUUAAUUUGUUUAACCCUCGAUGAUGAUAUAGUUAGAAUCAGCAUCGCUUAUAUUUCGUUGAGGUCGUCGUGCAUGACAGAUUGCGCUCACCUCUGCUGAGAAUCGAACCGCGCGCUACGGAAAGGAUUUAAAAGCGUGCCCGAACGCCCGCGGUGUCUAGUGUCUUCUAACACGCUACACCGUGAACAUCUGCAAGUGGUUGACAAUUGCUUUUGCCUGCUCUUCAAGUCCUUUGGCUGCCUUGUAUCUCCCCGUAUCGAUUUGGCCGAAAUCAACCGAAACAUGCGGCCGUGUUUGUUGACAAUCCAGUCAGUUCUACUCACCAUUGUGCUGGUCCUUUAUGAAGUCCACUCAUUCCGUUGGCUGGGGAUAAACAGCACGCUGGUGGAUGAAUCAAACGAAAGAGACCUGCGUCGCUACUUGUGCUCGUCGUCACCGACCGCCAACAGAAAUCGGUUGUUGGACAAGGAACAGAAGAAAAUUUGUCGAAGGAGAACCAGGUUUAUGAAGUACGUCGUUACCGCGGCCGAACUAGCGAGGAGCGAAUGCUUGAGGCUCGCUAAAUACGAGAGAUGGGAUUGCACGGGAGUCCUUCAAGCGCCAAAAUUUUCGAAGGAUCUACGAGUUGGAACAAGACAGGCGGCAUUUCUACACGCUUUAUCCUCGGCCGCUCUGGUUUUCGCGGUGACCCGGAGCUGUGCGGCAGACAAGGCGUGCGACUGUGGAAAGCAACCUAGCCGUUCGCUCCUUGAUAGAUACGCUGAGGCAGUGGAGAGAAAGAAUCCUGGUCAGCCGCGAAAGACGUAUCGAUAUGAGGGUUGUCACGACAACAUUCACACCGGCUUAAAAUUUAGCAAGGACUUUCUUGAUCGUCGCGAAAAAAGAUUAAAGAAGCCCGCAAGCAGGAAGAUCCUCAAUCUUCAUAACUAUGACCUGGGACGAAAGGUGGUCCGGGAGAGUCUAAAUGCAACCUGCCGCUGUCCAGGUUUUGGGGUUGGCUCUUGUGCACAGGAAUUAUGCGUGCAACUGCUCGUAGUUCCGUUCAGCAAAAUCUCCGAGGAAAUCUUCGAUCGCUAUAAGCAAGCGCGACUGGUGACCCUUAGCAAAAGAAACGCGGUUCUCAAAAUCAAGAAUAACGGCAAUAACGAAAGGAGGGCGCGGAAAGUCAAAUCUGGUGAAAUGGCCUAUCUUUAUGGAUCUCGGGAUUUCUGUCUCCCAGACCCUACCAAUCCUCACAAGAAACCUGGAACCAGGGGGCGUGUAUGCGCGCAGAGAUUGAAGUUCGAUGCGAGGAAUCUGAUAAAAUUCAACCCAGACUUGCCAGAUCGUUUUGAUGUUUGCGGCAAUUUGUGUUGUGGACGAGGGUAUAGCAUAGUAAACAACACCAAGAAAGUAAAUUGCAGAUGCAGAUUUUCCACAUCUAGAUGGAAAUUAAUUUGCACAAAAUGUUCCGUGCCGGCAACUGUGUCUAUAUGCAAUUAACUGACGUAAAUGAUUUUCGACCUAUUAGAGGCGUAUGGUAUAUUUUACAUCUUUCUUUUAUUCCGAGAUAAAAAACCAAACUUAUUGCUUGCAUGUUUAUAGCAAAAUUAAGGUUUGUCGCGACGCGAGUCGAUGAAUUAAAAUAGAACUGAUUAAGCCUAUACAAUGGGUCCGCAUCAAUCGUAUCGUAUUGACCUUUUUAAACCAAUAUAGAUAUGUAUCUCUCUCGCCAUAUCAGUUCGAAAAAUUGAAAACACAUCUUCAAGAUAAGCAUCUUGGCAAAUUUAAGAUUUCGCCUAAAACAAAACAAAACACAGACAAUUUCGAUUGUGAAAUUCCGAUUUUAGCUAUUACACAAUCAUUUUGUAACAUCCAAUCGAAACUGCCUACAUUGCUGCUCUAACCUAUAUAGAUCUAGAUGUUCCUCUCAGGAAUGCUUUUCGUUUUAUACUUCUUAAACUGUCGCUUGGUGUUGGAUAUUAAAAGAAUUUUACGAUUGUAACUGAAUUACAAAGGAAAAAUUGCAUAGUUUGACUGUGCAUUAAAUCCUAUUCAUUUUGUACAUUUAAAGAAGGGUAGCUACUUUAUUUUUAUCGGUCAGCAUUUCAAAAACUUUUUGAAAUAAACGUGUUUCAAAUGAAGUGACAAGCGCAGCUUAUUCAAAUCAAUAACUCGUCAUGCAAUAGGAUCCAGCAGUUGCGUAAAAUUUACAAAAAAAACUUUUUUCGAAAAAAAAUAUUUCGAAAGUUUUUUAUUCAUAAAUUUUAGGCAUGUGGUGAACCGGAUGUUUGAACGAUACAACAAAAAAUAGUCCACAGUCUUUUUAAUCAUACAACAAGCUAAUAUGGAAAAGGGUGUUUACACAACCAUUUCAAAAGAAAUCGUUUUCCGAAGCCCAGAUGAAUCAGCAAUUCAAAUAAAACAUUUGGAUUGAAUUACAAUAGAGAUAUCUAGCUUAAUUUGACUUUUAUUACCUUCGCAUGUUUUGGGAUUUUUGACGUAUUCUUAGAAAAUGGGAGAAAAAAAUGACAUGCGGGCAAACACAGAAAGAAAGAAAUUGCAAAAAAACCUAUUCAACCAAGUUGAUGUUUUUACGCGCUAAUGAAUUUGUCUAUACUGCUGUAUGUAUGUCAAUAAGUUUGGUUCGAUUUUAAAAUAUUCGAAGAAUAUUGAUAACUUAUUUUCAUUAUGUUGUAUUAUAGAUUUAGCAUAUGAAGUAUAUCAAACGUAGGUGAACUCAAAUUAGAUUCUAUAACUAUAUUAUAUAAAUAUAUG